AUGAACUCGGAUUCCGAGCCAGGUGCCAUGAAACGGUCAUUCUGGCCUGAUCAUGUAUCUCUCAAGACCUUAGAAAAUAUGUGUCUGUCUAUCAUCGAAGAGAACGAGGAUGAACAGACGCUUAUCUGCUACCGCAUAUGUGUGUACAUGAAAGCUAUCACGCUAAUCAGCCGCCUGCCCGGCAGAGAUCGAAGUGCUCGCGUUCGCCGUCAUCUGGAGCAAAGCAAGAGUCAAUAUGAUAACGAGAUACACCGAGCGCUAAGCAAGUUGGACUUCCUCGCUCCUCCAAAUUUACAUUUUCUGCAGGCCCUUUUGUCGGCGGUGAGUCCGAACGACCUUUCCUCGGUGUUCAGUAUGACUAGCUUCGUCUCGUAA